AUGAGCAGUCGCAGAUUCGCGCACGCAGCGGCGAUGGAGGGCCCUGAGCCGCCCGCGGAUUCGCGCUACUCGUCUGGCGUCGCUCCGGAGCCCCAGCGCGGUGGCGGCGCGCCCUCGCGGCGAGGCCGCGGCGACUUUGGAAGAUCGGGCGCUCACGCCUUCUCGAAGGAUGCCGCCGCCUCCUUCGCUUCCUCGCGCAAUGGACCGUCCUCGACGCCGGCGCCCGGCCCGCAGACUGCGUAUCCCUCUGGACGCCCUGGGCCUCCUUCGCAGCCCCGCCGCCAGGCCUCUACCGCCCCGCAUGCAGUUCCCUCGUCUCCUCUCUGCGGGUCGCCGGCUGCUCCGGUCCCCGCUGCGGCCUUCGCGUCUGUGCGGGACCAGCCCGACUCGGUCGACAAGCUAUUCGGGGGCAUGGGAAAUCCGCAGUUCAACAAAUACAUCGUCGACGACGAGAACCUGCUGCAUUUCUACGGCAUCCGACAAGCGGUGCUUCGGCCGGUCGUCCACGAGGACUGCUCUCGAGGCGGGGCGUCUGCGACGCCGUCGCCCUCGCCGCCAAAGAAUGCGCGACGCGGCAAAGAGUCGAAUCAGAAUCAGUUCUUCAAAGCGUCCCUCUCCUGGACCAUCGCGGGCAAUCGAAAGAUCCAAACGGAGGGCAUUGGCAGGUCGAAGAAAGAUGCAAAGAAGGAAGCCGUCAAGGCACUCCUCGGCCAACUCGGGCCUGUCACGCUCCACGAGUAUGAACAAGUGACGAGGUGUCUCUUCGCGUCGCUUAGGGGCAAGAUACACGGCAAACAAGCGUCGUUCCCAGGAGGCAACGAACACCGAUUUAUGUGGACCUUCAUGUCGGGCGGCGAAGAAGUGAGGAUCGAGUCAACGGGCCGAGGAAACAGCUCGUGCGAGGCAGAGAUCGCCGCCAUGCAAGACAUGUACCUCAAAGUGCUGAAGUACAAAGACUGCCAGACUGAGGAGCGCGAGAAGAUCAAUCGACAGGUGACUCAAGCCCGCCAGCAGCAGGCAGCUGAAACUCGCGGGAAAGGAAACCACGGCGCACACUUGUCCAAGCAAGACGCUGGAGAAAUCAAUCAGCAGCACCACAACCUGACCACAAGAAACCAAAUCAAACCCACAGAGACGAUCGCGGUGUCUGCGGAGGGCUACCGCUGCAAUCUGGAGUGGCGAUGGACGGGGCGGGAUGGACGGAGCCGGACGCUUUCCGUCGUCGGCAUCGGGUCGUCGAAGCCGCUAGCGCGCGCCACUGCGGCUCUGCAGAUGAUGGCCGACGCUGGCUUCGUUGAGCACGUCGAGGCGCCGGACCGGCAGGCCGCUCGCAGCCUCUUGAAUCUCGUCGCAGAACGACCGGAAGGAAAAGUGUAUGUGGCCAAGGCCUGCGCGUUGCUUGAGGCGACUACCAGUGCCGUCUGGCGGCUGUUUCUCCCCACAGUGUGGCGCAUGGCCCUUGCAGAGAACGAACGAUCUCUCAUCGACGCACUCCUGCAAACGCUGAAGACCGUGACUGCGUCGGCCUCAGAUGAAGCCUCGCCGUCGCCUGCCAGUGGAAGUCGCGCGAUGCCGCCGGACGUCUGGGAGAUGCUGCUCGACGAAUGCACGGUGCUCACCAACUGCAAUUUCGGACAGGCUGUGUUGCACGAGCUAGGCGACGUGAAGCUGGAGCAGAGCUACUUCCCGUCCCCGCUGGCCAGGCAGUACUUCCAGAAUUAUCGCCUGAUGCUCGCGCUGGAGUGGCAAGCGCAACUGGCCGCAGGGAUCGAGGACCGGAAAGCUUACGGAGACAUGUUCGAAGGAAAGCACAUGGUUCUCAACUGCAAGUCCGCCGCCAUGCCUGUCUUCUCACUCGGUACCACUCUCAAAGCGGAAGACCGGGAGUUCCUCGCCAACGUGCAAUUCCGGGAAGAUGACUGCGUGCUGCUACGCCCCUUCGAGGAGCAGCGGAACUCCGAAGAUUCUUGGCGGAAGUGCUUCGUGGGCGUAGUGACGAGCGUGAAGAGCGACAGCGUGAACUUCAACGUCAACGUCCGACUCGCAUCAGGCGAGGGCGCCAAGCACGCGGCCAUCCUCACCUGCCGCCGAUUCAAGCUCUACUACCUCACCCCUGCGGUCACACACGAUCGGAUGGUGGAGGCGCUGCGGAGCCUCACCAUGCACAGAAUGCCCGUCUCGCACUCAACCUCCUCAUACGCCUUCACCCCUGAGAUUCGCUACUUGCUCCUCCACACCGGAGAGCCGCCGGCGAAGGACGUGGCUGGCCGUGGUCCGGUGCCGCUGUUGAGUGACGUGGAUCCUUCGCACUUCGAUCCGCUUCAUCGGCUGAACGAGCUCGCAGAUGCCCAGAUGUUUAGCGCGGCCUCGUUUGCCAAUCGCGACGAGGCGGCUGUCGUCGGAGCGUCCGCGCUGCAACACACAAAGAAACAGCGACUUCAGCAGUCUUACGUGGCUGCGAACAAUCCGCCUUCGCUCCUUCUUUCGCAAGUGGCCUUGCAAGCUCGGAAUCAACUGGCGUCAGAUAGGAACGAUUUCGGGACGCCCUCGCCGGAAACCGAUUUGACUGACGUCGUGCUGCCUACGGGUCUCCCUCUGACGCGGCCUCAGAAGGCGGCGUGCCUGUCGGCUCUCACCAACCGUCUCACGCUCGUUCAAGGGCCCCCCGGCACCGGGAAGACGCACGUCGCCUGCGCCAUCAUCGACGCGUGGCAGCGGAACGAUCCCUCGAAGAAAAUUCUCGCGGUUGCCGAUAGCAACGUUGCAGCGGAUAACCUGAUGGAGGGUCUGAGCGCCCGCGGAAUUCGCAGCGUGCGUGUGGGGAACGGCAGCGAGUCGGAUCUCCAGGAGGAGGCGAUUGCAGAUUUAGGCCGAUACCGCGACUACGUGCGCCUGAAGCAGAACGGCAUGUACGGGGAGGCGAAGACCGUUCGCAUGGCGCUCUUCAGAGAGGCGAUUCGCCGACAGCCCGUCAUCAUCGCGACGUGUGUGGGAAGCGGCCACGAGAUGUUUGACGAUCUCGUGUUUCCGCGAGUCAUCAUUGACGAGGGGGCCCAGGCGAUCGAGCCGUCGAACUUGAUUCCGCUUGCCCGCGGAUGUCGAAACUUUGUGUUGAUUGGAGACCACAAACAACUUCCGCCCACCAUUCUCUCUCCCGAGGCAGCUUCUCGAGGACUGGAUGUGUCGCUUUUGGAGCGUUUCGUGGGAAGCGGCAUCGCGCCCAUCCAACUUCUGGAUGAGCAGCGGCGCAUGCAUCCGUCCAUCGCCUACUUCCCGAACCUCCAGUUCUACGAUGGAAAAAUUCAAAGCAGAGACGUUGACGACCGAAAUCGACCGCCCGUCGCCGGCUUCCGCUGGCCUUCGCAGAACAGUCGCGUUUGCCUCGUUGACAUCUCAGCGGCGGGUCUCUCGGGCUCUGAGGCCUCUCAGGGCACUUCGAAAUACAGCGCAGCGGAAAUCGAUCCGAUCAUCGCGAUCCUGCAGUCGGUGGCGAAUGAGGGGAGCGUCUUGCCUUCUCAGAUUGGCGUCCUAACCCCGUACGACGCCCAAAAGGCUCGGCUACGGAAGGCCAUCAACGAAACGUUUGAGCCCCCGGCCUGCUACCAAAUUGAAGUGGACAGUGUGGACGGCUUUCAGGGUAAGGAAAAGGAUUUGAUUAUUUUCAGCGCGGUCAGGUCAAACGCCCGAGGCGAAAUCGGAUUCCUCCGAGACCCGCGCCGAAUGAAUGUGAUGCUCACCCGCGCGAAACGCGGCGUCAUUGUCGUCGGCGACCAGCUAACACUCUGGAACGACGCAACGAACUGGCGACCGUGGAUUCAAUGGGUUGGCAGCAUGCGCUCCAUCGUGCCGAUUACCCGGCUGAACGAUCAUCUGGACGCCCCUCGGUACGCGCUGCCUGCACAGGGCGCUCCGGGCGGGAACCUCCCGCGCUCCGCCUCCUUCGCCGCGCGGCAAGGCGCGGGAGCUGCGCGCGGCGGCGGCGCUGCCGGACAGGUUUUCGUUCCGCAGGGGUUUCAGUGCGACUUCCACACGACCGGCGCGAGUCAGUUCGAUCGGACCUUCGCUCAGUCGCAGAGCCCCGCCAAGAAGGCCGCGGAGGAAGAGGAGGAACGCGAGGUCAGACACAGAGGAAACCAAAGGGAAGGAGCGAGGCGAGGGAAGAGGUGGACGGACUGGACGGACUAG